AUGCCACUUCCUGCGAAAGACGAAACAUACCUACCGGUAGUGGAGGACAUAAAUGGAGCAGUAGAUUCCUCGCUGUCCCCUUUUGCAGGCAACACGCAGGACGCUGAUAACUACAUUGUUGCACAAGAUGAUGGGCAGCUCCUUGGCAGGCUCCAGCGCAGGCUACGACAACGGCGACCUGGCGACUGUUUACAUUUUCCUGCUACCCUCGCAUCCGUUAUUUCUGUCGUGGUUAUUUUAACAUGGCUUGCUCUAUGUAAGGGAUCCCAAACGAUGCGUAACUCUUCAGGGCCGGUGCAGCGGAGCCUCGCAGAGGUAGAUAACGCGGAGCUGUCAGCUUUAUUAGACCAAUGCGUAGAAAUGGAAGAGGAUUUAGGCAUCCUAACGUAUGCCCCUAGCAUGAGUGGGGAGCCUGCAAAUAAUAAGGCUAGGCUGGCAAUGAUGCUGCACGAAUCUGCAGAAGCUUUUACACGCUCGCGAGAGCGGGCUUCAAAGAUAUCAAGCGGAGAGGCAGACAAAAGCGCCCAAAGUACAUUUGAAAUUAAGGAAACUUCAGCUAUGAAGGAAGCACCAAUGCUAUCGAUGCCGCUUGCUUUCAGCAUACCCUCCGAGCAAAGGGCAGAGCUGCGCCAAACUUACACAGCUGGGAUAUUCAAACCUCCCCAUGCUGUUCAUUUUGAAGGACACAGCCUCCCCAAUCCUUCUUUUGUUACUGGAAACUAUGCUGGUUGCAGUUAUGGCUCUUUAGAGCACGGGCCUGCUGCAGUUUUCUCACCAUCGUCAGUUGGGUAUACAACCAGGACUGAUUUCAACUUCAACAUGGGUAUGCGAGAGCACUGCCCCGAGGAAAUCAUGUCUCGAGAUGCAAAUGAACGGCAUACGUACGGGCAAGGGGAUGUUGGAGCUGCACUAGACUUUUCAGAGCCAUCUACCUCUCGCGAAUCGUUGGCAAGCUUGAAAGCGGACGUGCCAUCUUGUGUAAGCAGUUCAAACGUGACGAACUUCAGGGAGCAAUCUGAUGCGUGGGAGAACUUACACGAAAUGCUGAAGGAGCUUUUGUAA